ACUACCAAGACUGUCAGACCGUUGAGCGGGGUGAUAUCAUAUCAACAACACCAUAGCUGUUUGCAGCUGUUUAUAUUCCUCACCAACCCUGAACCAUUUUUAUUUCUCUUUUCUAUUUACUCAUUUCGCAAGGCCUUCAAAACAAAAUGACUGCCCGCUCUUCACCAGCCAUCAAGGACAACGGCCAUAUCUCAGCAUCAGAUAAGGCCCGUUUUGGGACCUUGGCUGUCCACGCUGGAUCUCCUCACGAUCCUACAACAGGCGCAGUGAUUGCUCCUAUUUCUCUGUCAACCACUUUUGCCCAAACAGACGUUGCAAACCCUGUUGGCCGUUACGAAUAUACUCGCAGCUCGAAUCCUAACAGAGAUAACUUCGAAGAGGCUGUCGCAGCACUCGAACACGGCAAAUAUGCGCUAGCUUUUGCCUCUGGUUCUGCUACUACCGCUACGGUUCUCCAGUCGUUGGCAGCAGGAUCGCACGUCAUUUCUGUCUCUGAUGUCUACGGAGGCACGCAUAGAUACUUCACCAAGGUCGCCUCAGCUCAUGGUGUGGAUGUCACUUUCAGUCAUAGCAUCGAGCUGGAGGUGGAGAAGUUGAUCCGACCUAAUGAUACCAAGUUGAUCUGGAUCGAGACUCCAUCGAAUCCGACGUUGGGUUUGGUUGACAUUGAGAAAAUUGCAGAGGUCGCCCAUGCACGUGGAAUCAGAGUGGUCGUGGACAACACAUUUAUGAGUCCUUAUGUGCAGAACCCGUUGGAUCACGGCGCUGAUAUUGUGGUUCACUCCGUCACGAAGUAUAUCAACGGCCAUUCUGAUGUAUUGAUGGGUGUCGCAGCCUUCAAUUCCGAGGAACUUAAAGAACGUCUUACAUUCCUCCAGAACGCUAUCGGGGCCGUCCCCUCUCCCUUUGACUGCUGGCUCGCUCACCGCGGCUUGAAGACCCUUCACUUGCGCGCCCGCGAGGCCACGACAAACGCAACAGCCGUCGCCAAAGCCCUCGAAUCCUCACCUCACGUCAUAUCCGUCAACUACCCCGGGCUAGAAUCCCACCCCCAGCGCGCAGUCGCUAUUAAGCAACACCGCAACGGCAUGGGUGGUGGUAUGCUGAGCUUCCGCGUCAAGGGUGGUAAAGAGGCCGCCCAUCGAUUCUGCCAGUUCACCAGGGUCUAUACCUUGGCUGAGAGUCUUGGAGGUGUGGAGAGUCUUUGCGAAGUUCCUGCGAGUAUGACACAUGCUGGUAUCCCCAAGGAAGAGCGCGAGGCCGCCGGUGUUUAUGACGAUCUCAUCCGUAUAAGUUCCGGUAUUGAGGAUGUCGAAGAUCUCCGGGCUGAUGUGCUUCAGGCUGUUGAGAAGGCUGUCGCUACCGGCUCAUAGAUUAAACCCGGAGGAAAGAUUCUCUCUGGAUGAAGCAUACGAUAUCAGAUUUAUAGACUUGAAGAAAGAGAGCAAACUCGCAUCAACUUGUUAGAGAAAGGGCACGCCAUAAUGCAUCACGUCCAUAUUCAAUAGAGCAUCAUCGUAAUAUCUUUUAAUCUUUUUUGGAUUUUAUAUUUUAUGCAGUUAUGCAGGAAUUGUGCUUAGUAAUCCACAUAAUGCACAGCAAAUUUUUUU